AUGGGUAAUCGGCCCCUUACACCUAAUUGGGAAAAUAAACUUCUCAUCUAUAGUACCCUAUGGUCUGCUUCGUGCCAUCGCGACAUCCUACGUAUCAGCUACGGGUCCAAUUCAGUGCUAGACACCAAGGACCAGCUGUUCUACAAGGCCCGCCUUCUGAGUCUGCUGCACGAGCAUGUGGCUGACUUUACCAAAGAAGAAUGGCGAGAUGGAGUCAUCAUGGCGACUUUGUAUCUGGCUGUCAACGAGACCGACAGAAGAGACCCUAGCCGCGAUCCAAGCCCGUUUACGCCACCCUUCGUGGACAUGCACUCAUUGUCAUUUUAUAAGAUUUAG